GCAGGCUGCAAUUGCGCCUGCUGUCUUAUCGUCGCUCAUUUCCAGCUCACCUCGAGCUCCACGUUGCUCUCUUCUUCGCCGCAUCACAGCUCACCCCACCAACGCCAUCCCAGCACCAUCCCGCACCCAUCCGCCACAAACAACACCACCCAGCCAACUUCCAACGACGCGCAUACACACCUCCUCACUCCUCGCGCAACCACCACUCCAGCGCAUCGCACGCUUCACACCCACAUCGCAACAGCCUCCAGGCUCGCACCAGCCAUGCCCGCCAUCCCAAUCGUCGCCCGCGCCUCCGCGGCGCACGCCGAGUCCUCGCUCCGCCGCCUGCUCCCCCGUCUCUCCACCACCGCCGCGCAGCUCCUGCGCCGGAUACCGCGCCCCUCGCUCGCCGCAGCGCCGAAGCCGCACCCCGCGUCCCGCGCCACCACGGGCAUAAUACCGACGUACUACGAGUUCAACGGCCCGACGCCCGGCACCACCGCCGGCAUCGUGCUCGGCAGCGUCGCGGGCUUCCUGUUCCUCAUCUGGCUCUUCUACUCGCUGUUCGGCGGCAACAUGUUCUCGGUGGCGGGGGGCGAGGAGGUGGUGGUUAGGCGGCGGCGGUCGCGGAGCCCGGGGCAUUCGCGGCGGAGUCGGCGCAGUACGAGGACCGAGGUGCGGGAGGUUAGUCGGAGUCCAAGGCGGGAGAGGGUGAUUGUGGAGGAGAGGAGGGAGAGGCCGCGCCCGAGGAGUAUUAUCGUUGAGGAGAGGAGUAGGGUGCCGGGGGAUGAUAUUGUGGAGGUUAUUGAGGAGGAGGAUAUCAGACCGCCGAGGCGGGGGAGUGGGAGGAGGGGGAGUGGGUAUGGAUACUAGAUAUCCCGACUCGAUUGCACGUACCUCCAACUACUACCACUCUUUCGCCGCUGGCUGUGGUGCUUCGAUUUCUUCUCAAGAGCUUCAACGAAAUGAGAGUUGCCGAAUCUGAACAGACAUUUCAUCCGACCCAGGACCACUCAGAUCCGCCCCGAAACUCCAUCUGCCACUAUUUCCACACCCUCACAUACCUUUUCCAG